CGAAGUAACCCACAAGACAACCCAUUAAUUUUCCAUUGAAAACUCAUCUUAAGAAAUACAACGGUCAUUACGAAAUCUUUUCCCAAUCUUCUUCGUUCUCCUUCCCUCGUGCCGAUCAAAUUCAAAAAAAAAAACAUUUGGCUUAAACGCCACCGUCCGUUUCCUUCUCCCUUCCAACAAAAUCCUCAAAAGAUCCCCUCAUUCAUUCACACUCACUCCCUCUCUCAAGAUUUCAAAAACCCUAACCUCGCCCAGAUCGAUCUAGGGUUUCGAUCAAUCUUUUCUUCCUUCUCUUGAUCCGAUCGCUGAGGAAUAGCGGUUUUCUUGAAAUUUACCUACCAAAAAUGGGGUGUAUUCUCGCUUGCUUCCGAUUAAAAAGCGACAAGAAGAAGAACAAAGCUCAUCUGAAGUCGAGUCCUGUUCCUUCAAAGAGCAAGGAGCCGCUGCUGUCGAAAGAGUCAUCUGUAUCUGUGUUCAUAUCUGAAGGUAUGCCAUGCGAGCAAGUUGGAGAUCUAAAUUUUGGGGGUAAUAUUGGUAAGGAUAUCUUGGAGAAGGAACUCAGAGAUGAGGUCAAAUUUCUCAAGUCUUGUGGUACGAUACUUGAAACCCCUCCAGAACUCCGGAUGGAAUCUGAGAAAUUAAUCACCAAAAAAGAUAUCACAUCUUCCGAAUCUUCUUCAUGUGUUCCCGGUAGGCUCUGUAAGGAACUAGUCUGCGAUGAACAACAGGAUGAUUCAAACUUUACACACGACAGUUAUGCAGACUUCACCUUCGGGGAACAUCAAGCUCAUAGUCAGAAUGGCAAUUCUAUAUCUGUCGAUACUCUGAGAAACUCUGUGUACUUGGAUGUGGGGCCAGAAUCUGCUGUCUUGGAUGCAUCUUCAGGGAAAGGUGAGACCCACAUUGAGCCACAUGGUACUAAGGAUUCCGUCUGCUUUGGAAGCAUUGAGCUUGAUCCUAAGGUUGAAUCAGUUGUGGAGUCUGCUGUGUCGGAUGUCUCCCCAUCUCAAGAGGUGACCCAACUCCAAGUACUCAGUCAUCAAGGUGUUCGCUUGGAAAGUGAUGAAAACGAUCCUGGGACUGAAUCAGAAGUGUCUUCUCUUGUGCUGGACAUCUCUCCAUCUCAAGAUGUCACCCAAGUCCAACCACUUAGCUCCAAGCGUUCACCUUAUCCAACUCCACUAAAGUUAACAGAUGAAAUGGAGACUCCUGGUACAAUUUAUCAAGCUAGUACCCAAAACUUGAGAAGGAAAAAUGGUAGAGUCAGAACACAGUAUGUCUACCCAGUUCUAAACCCUGUGGAGAACCUAAGGCAGCCGACAGUACCAAGUGAAGCUUAUAAGCAGCUCAGCAGAUCAGAGAAUGAUAAGAGAAGUCCAAACAGGGAGGAGUUUGAUAAAGAGAACCAUGGUUCGGUUAAGAGACUGAGAAGCUUGACUCCAACUUCAGAUACAAGAUGGAAAGCAACGCGGAGCCCAGUGACUGAAGAGGUUACGGCUUCAAGUUUAUCUCAAUGGUUGCAUAUUCAAUUAGAAGAUGAUGAGAAAAAGGAAACUGAAGCUAGUGCAAUGAAGAAUUUGUUCCCAGACCGAACUCCUGAAGUGGACAGGCCAAUACUUGGGGCAGUUGCUAUGCAUUGGAAUGACGAGGAGGACACAUCAAAACUCGCGCCAAAAUGGUGGGAUGGUAAUGGCAUUCCAAAUACAACAACCAAGUACAAGGAGGAUCAAAAGGUUAGCUGGCAUGCAACGCCUUUUGAGGAGAGGUUAGACAAGGCUUUGUCCGAAGAUAAGCUCUUCCCUCAUAGGAAAGAAAUCAGAAGAAAUCUCGUUGGAUUUAAUGACGAAGAUGAAGAAAAUGAUACAAAAUCAUUGUAAGAAGGUUCCUGGAGUUGAUUCCUUGGGGGAAUAAUAUGCGUAGCUAAUUAGCCAACGAAUUUGCUGGCUAUCAGUUCCUGGUACCAUAUUGUUAUUAUACUAGUUUUAGAUUUUGAGGGUGUAUUUUAGACCUAUGAGGUAGUGCUCAGGUGCUAGCAGGAAACUUCCCUUAUAAUGGUCAUAUGCUACUUUGAUCAAUGUUUUAAUUUUCUCACUUUUAGUAUCAGAAUUUCUUCAAGUUCAACUGCAUGAGAUUGAUUUUUCA